GUCGGGAGAUAAAUAACAGGUUAAGAAAUAUAACUUUUUGAGUUGUACUUGAAGGCGACCAAAGUUAUCAAAUUGUGUAAAUAGUCUACGGUGGUGGUUGAUCCAAAUUGCAAAAGACAUAAAGACAUGGCAAAACUAUAUUACUUUAACGGCCGCGGUUUAGGUGAGAUGGUAAGAUUAACACUGGCUGCAGGAGGCAUACAAGUAAGCAUUUGUUAAUAGUGAAUGAUUGUUUGUACCGAUUGGUCAUUGGUUGGUCGGGCCAACUCCCCUCUUAUUCGAACAAAAAGAUGGUAUUUAAAUUUAAAAAAUAAUUUUAAUGAAUUUCCAUAAGGUAAAAAUGUGUUUUUGUACCAAGUUUUUAAUUUCUUUCACAAGAAAUAAUUAAUCGCGCUAUAACAAAUAAAUAACCACCACCCACCCUCUACAUUUUCUAUUUUUAGUUAAAUAAUGGACUACACAUACAGACCUACUACAACCCGCCAACGUGAGUCAUGGCCAAACCCCACCCCCCACUCCACCCCCACCACACACCGCUCUUUGGGCCAAAAAAAAAUGGAAAAAAAAGAAUAUUUGGAAUUUUUGUUUAGGAUACAUUUUUAGUAUAUUUAUUUUAAUAAGUUUGUCAGAAACAUAGCUAAUUUAACAAAUCAGAAUUAUUAUUAUGUAGGCCUACAGUCCUAACCCUAACAAUGAAUCAGAAUUAUUAUUAUGUACAGCAUCUUUUCACAAUUCACUUGAAGUUUUUUUCCUCAAAAUUAAGGGAUAUUUUGAUGAAAUCCCACAACAUAUUUGGUUUUCGAUUAUAAUUAUAUAUUUAAAUUUUCUUAAACAAUUUGAGGUGCUUGGAGAAGAUGUAUUUUGGGGUUUAGUCAUAGAGUGAUGGGCCAGGCAUGUUGGGGAGGUGAAGAUAUUCUAAGUUUAAGGCCUGGAAUUUUUUAAGGGAAACUUAGAUGUAGGGUAGGGAUAGUGUGGGAGAGAGUAGAGUGUAUUGUUAAGUGGGAUGUGGAUGUGAAGGGUGGAUUAGAUGUUACAUGAGGUUGAUGAAUAUUGGGGAGGUUUAAAAAUGACAAGAAUCUCUAUGGGUGUUGUGGAAAUAAUGGUAGAGGGUGGAAUUGCAUAAUUACAAAGUUUUCAUCACUAGAAAACACUUAACAUUAGGAAAAAAUUCUGAGGAAAUAUGUAAAUUAUUUAAAUACAGCAUGAUGCACACAAAAAAGAUAUCAUUAUACUGAAAUAUUGCAAAAUAAACACAAUAUUGUUCAUAUUCAUCAUUGCCAAUCAUGAUAGACUUCCUUGCCCUGAUCACUCAUUCAUUAAAAUGCUAAAACACGUCUGAGAGAGCUGCAUGGGCUGCCAGUCCGCGCUCGCAUAGAGUACAAAAUUGCAACUUUGUGCUACCGCUGCUUGCAUGACCUGAUACUGUCCUAUCUCAAAGCGCUCAUGGCGCCAUAUCACUCCAUUCAUCCGAUAAAGGCAAACUUUGGAUACCGCAAGUCUGCCUUGAGACCUACAAAAGACGCACUUUUGCUUUUGCUGGCCCAAGAAUCUGGAUCGGCCUUCCUGUCGCUAUCAGAAACAGCCGGACACUGCAGUCUUUCAAAACUGAGUUGAAAACACAUCUUUUUCGCACUGACCUGCUGGAGUGAUGUAGUCUACCUCCUUGUUUCCAAAGAGCUUGCUCAUAUUCCUCAAUGUAUAUUGGCUUGUAUUGUCCAUUGGCUUGUAUAUAGAUUUUAUUGCGCUUCGAGCCUUAAUUAGGGAUGAAGCGUGUUUUUGAAAUGAACUUUAUUAUCAUUAUUUAUUAUUAUUGCACUUAUGCAAUGGUCACAGCUAAAAAAAUUUAAGCAUUGCAUCAAAUAAACAAUAUAGAGAAAAAAAAUUAUUGCUAGUAUUUUAUUCUGUUAAAAUCAUGAAUAUUAAUUUAGCAGAAUCCUCUGUAAUUUUUUAACCCCCUUGAAACAUUUCUACUAAAAAAAGGACUGUACCUGUCCUACAACAGACUAGAGAUUGGGCAACACUGUCUAAGAUAUGUUAGGUCUAAAUAUGUUCUUAUUUGAACAUUCAUCUUCAUAUUUUGUGUUUGUGUCUUAAUUGCAGGAUUUAUUAUUAAAGUAUGAUUACUAUGAAUAUUAAUUUCUUUAAAAUUCAAAGAAUGGAUAUAUUUUAACAACUGCAAUCUCUGCAAACUUUAAAUAACAAAUAAAAACUUUUAACUUGGUCUUUGUUAGUUAAAGAUCUCACCUUAUUGUUAGCUAUAAAAAAAUUUGACUCAGCAUUUCUUAGUUCUCUGGCUCUGACAGUAAAAACAUUUGUUCUGAUGUUUUGUAUUUAUAUAUUGAAUUCAUGUCUGGAAAUUAAUUCAUGAUUAUUAUAUAAAAGAGCCUUUCCAUGUAUAACAAAUAAAACGUGAAUAGCAUUAUUCAAAUAUUAAAUUUUUUUGUAACAUGAAUAGUUGAACUGCUGUGUGGCAACUAAGACACAUUUCAAUCUUUAUCACAAUCAUCAGUUUAAUUGAUAAUUUAACAAUCUGUCCUCAAUAUUUUAGUCAGAUAUGUUCAGUUUCUCUCACAUUAUGAAUUAUCCGUUGCUGUUAUGUAUUAACAUUUAUGCAGAGAGCUAAAACUAAUAUAAUUUAUUUUAACUUAUAAUAAAACUCUUCAGUUUACAGAAGAGUUUGUUACUGAACGGGAGCAGUUUCUAAAGUUGAUUGAGGGUAAGUAUCGAGGUCAUUAGACCCAAGCUAUUAAUUCUCUGAUCCAUUAACAGCUGUCAAGCUUCACGCAAAUGCAUACUUGACAAAUAGUUGCAGUUCAUUAAGCUGUUUUUUGCUUGACCCAAUAGAUUUUUUUCAAGCUUGCUAUUUUAUUAUCCACAUUAAAAAACCUUCAAGAACUUUCUGUUGAAAUCUAAUUCAAUAUGUAUGCAUUUGCUUUAGCUAAGGGUAGUAAGGAGGUAAAGCAUUGGCUUCAUAAAAUUAGUUCUUUUAUCAAACUUUUUCUACCUCUUUUUAUUUAACUUGGCUUGUAAGUUUAUUAGUUCUGGUUGGAUUUCUAUGAGUCCCUAUUUCUUUAAGUUCCUGACUUACCAGAGAGGUGAAGUCUUAUACACAGCUUAGUCUCUUGGUAUACUUUGAUGACAAUGUAUUAAGUGUUCACUACCCUUUUCUGAACAUAUGAUGAAAUAUUGCUAACAUCAAACAAGACAAACAACCUUUGGAACAAACUUGCAUUUUCAGAAUAUGCAAGUUGUGUCUCUUUAAAAGGGUUGUUCAGUCAUAAGCUUUCAAAACUAUGUGCAAUAGAAUGCCUUGGGAGAAAUGUAGAGAUUUUGAGAGCUUCCUGAUCAAAGCAUUUUAUACCAAUAAAAUACUUUUAUUUUCAUAAAAAAGGGCUCUAAAAAAAAAAAGACGUUUUUGACUUUAGUUUUAAUUUUUAUUGUAGAUGGCAAGUUACUGUUUAAACAGAUGCCUCUUUUGGAGAUUGAUGGCAAACAGAUAGUGCAAAGCAAAGCCAUUGUUCGCUAUCUUGGCAAAAAAACAGGACUUCAAGGGAAAAAUGAUGAUGAAGCUUUGUUGUAGGUCAAAAUUUAAAUAUUUGAAUUUAGAAUUUUUGUAUUUAUUAUACUUAUCAAUAUCUAUUCAACAAGCUUUUGAACUCAUUAUAAUUUCUGUUGCUGAUUAAAAAAUCUUCCAAAUUAAUGAAAAUGCAUGGAUGAAGAUAGAAUGAACUGUCCAGUUUAACACCAUAAUGAUAUUCACUCCAUGUCCUAUAUGUAAUUUUUUUCUGUAUCAUUAAUCAGUGGAAUUUUCUAAAUGUAUAUUACGCAUUAUUUGGUCAAUUUAUGUGCUCGUCUUGAAAUCCCAUGAAAAUUUAAUAUUUCUUUAUUCUCAUAAAAAAUUAUAAGUUUUCACACAAAUAAGUUAGUUCACGUUAACUAACUCAGCUGAAAUAUCAGACUGAAUUAAGUUGUUUUUUUCUUUUUGUGGAGGAAAAUUAAUUACAUGCAUGUACUAUAGGAUCUUUAUUUAUUACUAAGAAUUUUUGUUUAUACACCUGAAAAAUUACAAGCUUAUGUUCUGCUGUUCAGGGUUGAUCAGUUCUUUGAAGGAGGUCGAGAUUUUAUGACGCCAGCAAUGAUGAUAGGAAUUUCACCAGAAGAUGAGGCCCUUGCCACAAUCAAGAAAACAGUCCUGCCAAAAUAUUUACCUAUUUUUGAAAAGGUUUGUCUCUAUUUGAGCACUACUCUCAUUUGUAGAAAUAAUAAUUCUGAGCCACUGGUUGUAGACUUAAAAAAUGGAAAGUGAAUUAAGAAUAUCAUAGAAAAUUAUUUUUUUGUGGGGGCUGCUUUAAAAGGCAGGGGCAGAAAGGUUUUUGUUUGAUGUGAGAGAAAAUAGGUUGGUCUUUGUUUUUUUGUUUGUUUUUUUAUUAAAGUGUGUGUAUAAAUUAGAUUAUAAACAUUUUAUAACUGUUUUAGAUAACAUUUUGAUUUAUUGGGGGGGGGGUGGGGGGGGGGGGGGGUGCUCAUCAAAUAUUUCCCAUAUAGAAUUAAUCUUACCUUUGUUAAUGGUUUUUUUAUCAAACUUUAUUGUAAAAUUCCAGAAGUAGGCCCUUAUCUGUUUUAGUUGACAUCUUUUUUUUACUUUGGAAAAUCAUAUUAACAUGCUUUGCAAGGCAAUUUUCCUAGAGUGCGCAGGAUUAGUCAUAUCAGACCUUUCUUAACAUUAGAUGCAUCGAAGAGGCUGAUGUCUGCAUUUGUGUUAUCAUGUAUGGACUACUGCAAUGCUCUCAUGGUGGGUCUUCCAGCUACGCUCCUGGAUAAAAUUUAAAGAGCACAGAAUAAUGCGGCUCGCAUUGUUCUUCACAAACACAAAUUCGACCAUGCUAAAACACUUCUGAGAGAGCUGCACUGGCUGACGGUCCGCGCUCGCAUAGAGUACAAAAUUGCACCCACUAAAAAUGUAUUCACUAGAGAGCUCCACUCAUCCAAUAGUGGCAAAAUAUCGAUACCGUGUGUUCGCCUUGAGACUUACAAAAAGUGCACUUUUGCAUUUGCCGGCCCAACAAUUUGGAACGCCCUUCCAGUCGCUCUCAGAAACAGCCAGACACUAGAGUCCUUUAAAACCGAUUUAAAAACACAUCUAUUUCUCAAACACCUUCUGGAGUGAUGCUAUCUACCAUCUUUUUCAGUUAAUGUAUAUUGGCCUGUGUUGCUUAUGGUUGAAACGGGAUGAGAGAUUUUUUUAUGCUUGUAUGUAGUUUUAUAUGCUCGUAUGUAGUUUUAUAUUGUUGGGUCUGUUUUUUAAAUGUUGUAAAUUUCAGAUUGUUUUUAUUUCUCUUUAUAAUAUGGUUGACUUUGUACCGCCCUUCGAGCUUUUGGGGAUGAAGCAUGUUUUUUUAAAUAAACUUUAUUAUUAUCUUAUUUUGCCAUUUUAUAUCAUUUUAAGUUAAUUUUGGAAGAGGGAGCCCCUUUCAAAAACCUUCAUUAGACAACUAGUCAAACUUUAAAAAGUUGUUAAUCCAAAUUUGGUUUGAAAACCCCAGAACCAGGACAGUUUGAUAUUUUUUACAGUUAUGCAUAUAGAUUAUAUGGUUAAUAUUGCUUCAAAAGGAGUGGAAUAAUAUAGUUGAAAUGUCGCCUUUUUUAAAAUCCUUUAUAUUAACUUCGCUUUUGUUCAUGUGUUUCUGGUAGGGUGGCAAAAUCUUCGGACAGUUAAUUGACCCACUUCCCAUCAACCUAUCAAGCUCAAAAUUGGCACACAGACUGGUUGUUGAUAAUAAUAAUAAUAAAGUUCACUUAAAAAACACGCUUCAUCCCCAAAGGCUCGAAGCGCGGUACAAAGUCAACAAAAAACAAAUCUAUAAUUUACCACAUUUAAAACAAACGCAACACUACAAAAACUAAUUACAAGCAUACAAUGUCAAAGUCUUUCAAACCAUUUCAACCUUGAGCAACACAGCUAAUAUGCAUUAAAUGGAAAAUAUGGUAGACAAUCAUCCCAGAAGGUGUUUGCGAAAUAAAUGAUGACAACACAUUCUUCCAAAUUUUCAGCCCCAACCCCAAAAAUAAGGUUUUCCUGUUUUUCAAAGGGAAGAUGAAGGAAAUAUGAUGCCGCUGAUUUCAUGAAAUAAAAUUCCAGAUAACUGCGCUAAAUGAGAUUCUUUUUUUUGUGUAAUUUAUAGACUGUGCAUAUAAUGCAUAAUAUUUCCUUUUGUUUUUCUGAAAUAGUUGGUGAAAUAAAUCUGCGCUGUAAAAGCGGAUGGGGCAUAUUAAUGAAUUAAAAAUGCAUAUAUUAAGGGUUUAUACAAAAAAUCUUUGCUUUUAGGGGUUUUUUAAUUUAAUAAUGAGGGGGAUUUAUGUCAAGUUUUUCUAGAUGCAUCAAGUCAUUUAUGAGCCUAUGAAGAACAAAUAAACCUACAGACACAUUUAUAUAUAUAAUUUAUUCAAUAAUUUUUUUUUAAGUAUUAUUUUCUACAUAAUUGUGGAAUGGGUUUAGGGAAAAGGGGAAUUAACUUCUUUGUGGUAUUGAAAUUUAAUUUACAGAAGGUCUAGUCUUUUGUGUUUAUGUUAAUGUUUUAUUUUCAUUUCUCCUAAUUUUUUAAAAUUUAAGAUUGCUGCAAAGAAUGGAACUGGUUACCUAGUAGGCAACAGUUUAACCCUCGCUGACCUUAGUCUGCUUGAGCCCUUGUUGGUUUAUGUCGAGUAUCUUGGUAAAGGAAUUUUCCAGGACUUCCCAGCUUUACAGGUACUUGAUUUUUUUUAAAGGCUGGACAUAUCAUAAAUCUACAAUUCUUCUCCUCUCCUCUUAAAGGCCCAACUCACACAUUUGUAGUUAAACAAACACAUUAAAUCUUUUAAACAAAUUAUCAACCAUUAUGUUAACAAAUGUCAGGAUCUAGAUAUCCAACCCGAGACAAGUCAGCUACAGACAUUAAAACUAUCCAUGAUUUUGAAACAAAUCUGAGGACUAUGUUCGAAUAAAAAGCCAAGACUCUGUUCAAAAGGCCAAAAUACACUUAAAAGCCACACAUCUCAAAGUUAACUCACGCAAUCAAUGAAUGUCUUGCUACAUACCAGUUUUAGGGAACAACAAAACUCAAAGACUUUCAACACUAAAAAUGUGCAAAAAGUAAUUAAAACAAAUUUCCAUUUAUUUGUAUCAAUAAAUGCAUAUUAUUUUAUUUUUAAAAUGGAGAAACUGGAUGUUUCAUGACUUUUACGGCAAUUUAAAUUUUAAAGUGAGGGGUUUAAACUUUAUCAUUUUUUUUUUUUUUUUUUUUUUUUUUAUUUUUAUUUAAUGUUUUUUUUUUUUUUUUUAUUUUUUUUUUUUGAAUUGACAUAAAUGUUUUCUUUUUUUUCCAGAAAUUUUUUGACACUACUACAGGUCUGCCCCGAAUUUCAGAAUAUUUGAAUGGACCUAUCCGAAAGCCUAAAAAUAGUCCAGAAAUUGUUGAUGUAGUUAAAAAAGUUCUUGCAUGGAGCUAAUGUUUUCAAAGCAUUAAAUACUUUGAGAAACAAUAUAUUUCUUUCAAUUAAAAAAUUCAAUGGUUUUAUUUAUAGUCUCUGCAUAUACACCAUUAUCACCACACUGAGUGGGAAUAUUAACAUUCAUCAACCUUAAAGUUAAAAGCUACUGUUUUAACAACUGGCUUCCACAAAAAUCUGCCAAGUUUCAACUCUUAAAAAAAAAAAAAGAUUUUAUGACUUUAAAUUUCAACCAAAGUGUCAGGAAAGUUUAUCAGUAGGAGAGUUAGAAUAAAAGGGUGAGUUUUAUACUUAAACUUUUGAGCUUUAAAUCUGUUGAAGAAAUGACAGUGUAACAUUUUAGCUCUAAACUGCUGUAAAAGUUUAAAGUUAGUACAUAAAUGUUAAUUGAUGUUUUUUAUUAGAAAGUCGUGGACAUUUAUUUUUGUCUCAAUGAACAAGUUUUCAAAAUCUUUUCAAUAAUUUUUAUGAAGAUCUUCAUUAAAGGUUUUAAAUUCUUGAUGUUUUUGUUAUGGAAUUGUUGGCACAAAAAGAUAUUUUGCAAAGUCAUUUUUUAAAAUGUGUAUUCAAGUUUUCAAGCGUUUGGUCUUUAAAAUUGAAAAAAAAAAAUUAAAUAUAUAAUAGGGGAAAAGAUUAGUCUCUUAAGUGUAUGAAAUGUUACCCUUAAUAACAUUUUUUAUUUUUUGUUCAGUCAUGUCCAAUAUUUUUCCAUGCAAUGCAAAAAUAUUGUUUUUUUUCAUCACUUUAUAACCUGCCAUUAUCCUUCUUAUAUGUGUCAAUUAAUGAAAUGAUCACUUCAAAUAAAAGUUAUUAAAAUAUUAUUAACUGUAAACAUUUUAAGAUAAAAACAUUGUUGUUUUUUUUUUUUUCAUUUUCCAUGGUGAUUUUUUAUUGUGCAAGGUGUCCUUAAAGUCUAGAUACCUAUAUUCAACAAAAAAUUUCUUCUUUAUUGAGUCAUGAUAUGAUUUUCACUAGUUGUGUUGUAAAGUUCCAUCUGCUUUGCAAGUUGCAUAUAAAUGAUCAGGAUGCAGUAACUCAACAACUCAUUCUACUUGAGCACAUUGUUUCAUGAUGCGAUACUUUUAGUUGUUUAUCUUUGCAUUGAAAUAGCAUCUAGCAAUCUCAUAAUUAAUACAAAUAAAAUGUGUGCAAUACUUGUUUAGAAAGGGGAUAUAGAAGUCCUUAAAUUAUAGAGCAAGGAUCCUCAAACUUUUUCAUCAGUGGGCCGAUUUGCUGUAAACUCAGACACUGUUGGGGCCAGACAAUAGUUUUUUUUAAAAUAUGAACGAAUCUGUAGUGCAAAAACAGAAGAAAAAUACAAUGUAAUUUAAUAUUUAAGACAAAGAACAAUUUUAAUCAACAUAAACUUAUCAGUAUUUCAAUGUGAAGAAUGCGACUGCUUUUGGCUGAAAUAGAUUAUUAAUGUCUGGUUCCAUAUUUUGGCACAUCCAUCCGGUUUCCCAUACAGCAGCCAGGCGGGCCUGGUUAUGGAACCCUGGCGGCCAAACUGGCCAUGAGCCAUGGCUUGAGGACUCUUGUUAUCGAGUUUUAAGAGCAGUUCGAAGUGAUUGUUCACUGAAGAUAUGCCACAUCUUGAUCUUGUAAUUACUUUUAUUUCAAAUUAUGCAGCUUUUUAAAUAUGCUUCUCUGAAGAUGAGAAAAAAACAAAAAAGGUUUCUAAGCUAUGUGUGUCAGCAUGCUAUACAAGAUCUUACAAUGGUUUUAUCUGAUGCAUUUCAUAAAUGGCCAUAAUACUAAUUUCUAUAGACAUUUUAAAAUUAGAGGUUAGCUUUUUAACAAAAUUUUACAACUUAAAAUUAGGAAGAGGUUUUCCAGUAACUGAGACCACGAGAAAACAUAGUGUGUUGAUGUCAAAAGUAAAUAUGUUAAAGCAAGAUUAGGGAACAUGUUAAGGAAAAGCGGUCCUUGAUCUGUCAAUUUCAGACCUGUUUACCCUUAAACUCUUAAAAUCGUACAAUAUCUUCACAAAAUCAUUCAAUACAUUGUCUUAAUAGUGAAAAAUAAACAUACAGUAUAUAUAAUGCAUACACCUGAAAAUCGUACAUUGUACGCAAAAAUCGUAAGAGUAAACAGGUCUGCAAUUUUACCUUUUAUUGGCCAUCCAGAAGUACAUCACACUAGAUUUAGAUAUUUUUACCCACCCCCUUACCCUUCAUUGUCUACAUUUUGUGCCCCCCUCCCCUUAUACAUGUGACAUCAUUUAUGAAAUGCCCUGACUAUUGCAUCUUUGCCAAAUGUAAGAUACUAAUUUUACCCACAUGUUAACAAUAAUUUACAUGAUUUUAGAGAUAUUUUUACAACUUGAUUCUAGAUAUAAAAAAGUUUGUAGAUUCCAUAAUAGAAAAGGAAAUAUAAUUAUGUAUCUAUGAAAUAAUUUUUAUUUGUGACAAUUGACAAAAGAAUAAAGCUCAUUCUUUAAACUAUUUAUGAAAUAUAAAAUAAUGGGUGACAAUCGUUGAUUAAAUACAACACCUUACGACUAACAGCCUAAAAAUUGAGAUAUGAAAUUUACUGCUUUUUUAAAAAAUGUAAUUUAUUGACGACACAUAUAAAUGAUGGGUUAAC